AUGUCCUCCAGUGACUUCAGUUCAGGAACUGGUUUCACACACCAUGUUUCACAAGUGAAGGUUGUGUUUUUAGGCAGCAGGAAUGCUGGGAAAAGUUCAGCAGUAAACACCAUCCUGGGUAGAGAGGAGUUUGACUUAAAGAGAACUGCACAGUGUGUUAUGAGACAAGGAGACGUUGCAGGAAAGGAUAUAACUGUAGUUGAAGCUCCUGGAUGGCAGAGAAAUAAAGCUGUAAGGAAUUCCAUUGAGCUACUUAAACAGGAGAUUGUUCUCAGUGUGUCCAGGUGUCCUCCUGGUCCACACGCUGUCCUCCUGGUCCUGCGUUUAAACGUCAAAUCAUGGAAGAGUGAGCAAAAUGUAUUAGAGGGAUAUCUGGAGCUUCUUACUGAAAGAGUCUGGAGUCACACUAUAGUCCUGUUCACCUUCGGGGACGCUCUGGGAGACACAACCAUAGAGCAGUAUAUUAAGACAGAAGAGUAUCUCCAGGGUCUGGUUCAGAAAUGUGGAAACAGAUAUCAUGUUUUUAACAAUAAGAAGAGGCAUGAUGUCUCUCAGGUCACAGAGUUGCUGGAGAAGAUAGAGAAGAUGGUGGCAGGAAACGAAGGCUGUCAUUUGGAAAUGGACAAAAAGAUUCUACAAGAUGUGGAGGAGAGAAGGAGAGAAGAGGAAAAGAGAUCAAAAGAGAGGGUGAUGAAGGUGUCAAAGAAGAAAGAAUACAUUAGAUCACAAAAGAGAGAAACAGACCAUCUGUUAGAGAUGAGGCUUGUGCUCCUGGGUUACAAGAAUGCUGGGAAGAGUUCAUCAGGAAGCACCAUCUUAAGGGAUGAUAAAUUUAGAGAUCGAAAAAAUAAAUGUACAGAUGUUUUAAUGGGAGAUGGUGAAGUAGCAGGGAGAAAGAUCACUAUAGUUGAAGCUCCAGGAUGGCGGAGAAAUACACCUGUAUGCAAGAGCACUGAACAGUUUAAACAACAGAUGGAGUCUAGUAUGUCCAUGUAUCCUCCAGGUCCUCAUGCUGUACUGCUCGUCAUGUGUUUAGACUUAAAAUUUAGGAGAAAACAGAGAAAGGUGUUAGAGGGAUAUCUCAGUCUACUUGGUGACAAUGUCUGGAGUCACACCAUAGUUCUGUUCACCUUUGGAGACUUCCUAGGAGACACAACAAUAGAGCACUACAUUGAGCGUGAGGGAGAGGACCUCCAGUGGCUGGUUGAGAGAUGUGCAAACAGAUAUCAUGUUUUUAAUAAUACAAAGAGGGAUGAUGGUUCUCAGGUCACACAGCUGCUGGAGAAGAUAGAGGAGAUGGUGGCUGGAAAUGGAGACUGUAAUUUGGAAAUUGACUUCAAAUCAAAGUCUGAACUAAACAUGGAAGAUUCUGCAGCAGUUUCAAACACUCCUCCUGUUCGUCGACCUGCUAGGAUGGUCUCACCUAUUCCUUCCAGUCCCCAUACCACUAUCCCUCAAAACAAACCAGGGAAGGUUUCUGACUUCGAAGCCCAGGGCUAUCGUGCCGAGGAUUUCCAACGAGGUCCUCCCAUCACCCAAAAACAGAUUUCAGCUCGAAUUGCUCAGCAACUAGGGCCUAUUACAAUAUUCACUCUUGGAUCAGUUAAAAAGUGUGCUAAGGAUAAGAACAUAGAAGAAUACAGGUUUCUCUGCCUUCAUGAUGGUCAGUUUAGGUGCAAGUUGACUGACAUUGUAUUCGAAAUGAAAGGAAAGGGGGAAGUGCUGUACAGAAUAGUGUCCUGGGACAGGCAUGUUUUGAAUGGAUUAGGCCAAAACAAGCCUGCAGGACCUCUGUACAGUAUUGACUGCUGUGAAGGUUCAAUUCGUAAUUUACAUCUUCCACAUUGUGAGACCCGUAUUGGAUUAUUUGGCACAACUAAUUGACCAACAUUAAAAUAUUUUGAAGACCAUCUUUUGGCCUUGAAGGUACAGAAAAGACAGAAGAAC